GUCGUUUCCCUCUUUCUAGCGCUGCGCAGUGUUGGCGACACCUCCGGAGAGCGGUGCGCAUUUUCUCUGGAAAAGAGAGGACCAGAGCAUCUGAAGCGGCUUUUUUUUUUUGGAGCCGAAGAGGACCGAUCAGAGGCGACACUGCAAUCUGACAACCGAGGGAUUGCGGGUUCCUCUCUUUUAUUUUGAAAUUCGUUUAAUGCACUGACGCUGGAGGAGCAGCCAAACCUGGUGCACCCUGCAAACGGGAUAUUUGACCGAUCUAAGGAGGAGGCUAUUGAUUCUCGUUUCGCCGUUUAGCAAGGAUAUAUUUUUUUUAAACUUAGCUUCAUUUUUUAUUUAUCAUCUAUUACAAAAUAAAUAGUUACUGCUUUGUGGUGAGAAAAAAAAGCCUUUAUUGCCAGCUGAGUGUUGCAUAACCGAGUGGCAUUAGCUGUCCAAGGUGCUGAACUGAAACGAUCGGAGCCUAAAAACGGGACGAGCCGAGGGGAAUUCACAACCUUGCAAGGUCACAGGCCUAUCCAUCGGGGGGGGGGAGAGGAAAGCACGGGACAGAUCACUGAAGCACCGGGAAGGCUGCUGGCUUUUUAUUCACACAUUUCCUCCAUCGUCCCGAGGUGAAAACACAUUCCUGAGGGUGGUCGAUUCCGCGGAGAGAAAAUGUCGGGGCAAACGCUCACGGAUCGCAUUGCCGCUGCGCAAUACCAGCUAACGGGAUCAGAUAUGGCCCGAGCUGUGUGCAAAGCCACCACUCAUGAAGUGAUGGCGCCCAAGAAAAAGCACCUGGAGUACCUGGUGUCAGCCACCAACACCACCAAUGUGAACAUCCCUCAGAUGGCCGACACGCUGUUCGAGCGAGCUACCAAUGCCAGCUGGGUGGUCGUCUUUAAGGCCCUCGUCACCACUCAUCACAUGUGUGUCCAUGGCAACGAGAGGUUCAUUCAGUAUUUGGCUUCCAGGACCUCCCUGUUCAACCUCAGCAACUUUAUUGACAAAACCGGCUCUCACGGCUAUGACAUGUCUACAUUCAUCAGACGGUAUGGACGAUACCUGAACGAGAAAGCCUUUGCCUACCGCCAGAUGGCUUUUGAUUUCACCAGAGUCAAGAAGGGUGCUGAGGGUGUGAUGAGGACUAUGACCACUGAGAAGCUGUUGAAAGGCAUGCCUGUCCUGCAAACUCAGAUUGACACACUCCUGGAGUUUGAUAUUCAUCCAAAGGAGCUGAACAAUGGGAUCAUCAAUGCGGCAUUUCUGCUGCUCUUCAAGGACCUGGUCAAACUGUUUGCAUCCUACAACGACGGAGUCAUCAACCUGUUAGAGAAAUACUUCAAGAUGAAGAAGAGUGACUGUAAGGAGGCCUUGGAGAUCUACAAGCGGUUCCUGACCAGGGUGACAAAGAUCGGAGAAUUCAUGAAGCUGGCUGAGACUGUUGGAGUUGAGAAAAACGACAUUCCCGACAUCAACUACGCUCCCAGCAGCAUCCUGGAGAGUCUGGAAACACACAUGAAUGGACUGGAGGAUGUAAAGGGCGGAAAGAAGGGUGAAGGGUCUCCAACAAAGGGCUCUCCAACGAACAAUGUAUCGCCAACAUCCACUCCAGCCAAAUCUUCAAACGCUGUCCCCACACUGCAGCCUCCUCCUGGGGAGAGUGCUGCUGCUGCUGCUGCUCCUGAGCCGGCUGAAGAUUCCUUGUUGGACCUGGAUCCACUGUCCUCCUCGGGUCCCUCAGGCGGGACAUCAGCUGCUCCCACAUCUUGGGGAGAUCUCCUUGGAUCAGACCCCUUUGCCCCCUCGGAAGGUAGCACCAACACAACGUCUCCAGGUCUAGACCUUUUCAGCAUGAUGACAAUGGAGAAUAAUAACCCGGGAAGUUCCCUGGAUGCCUGUUUUAGCUCUGUGGUGCCCUCCCCCUCCCCUUCACCUUUUCUCACCUCCAGUACCAUCACCACCACCGCAACCAUUUCAGCUCCCAUAUCCCCCAGCGCCGCCAGCCCUGCGACUGACCUUUUCAGUGAUAUUUUUGAUUCCAUGCCAGACACGAGCUUGACCAAAGCAGACCCCACUCCCAGUGCUGACUUGUUUACAGCAGCGGAUGUGUUCAGCUCCCCUGCCCCCAUUCUCUGUUCCGCACCCCCACCCAAAAUUGGCACAGGAGCCAUCAUGAACCUUUUUGGUGAGUCCACAGGAGGAGACGCUACAGCUGCUGCUGCUGCGCCUGCUGCCCCUGGUGCUGAACUCAUGUCAGUAUUUGAUGGAUUAGGAGAUGUAAUGAAGCCGACUUUGACCCCUCAGGGGGGUGAUGUUGACACCUCUAUGGCUAACAUGGCGAGUAAUCUCUCAAUGGGAACCCCAGCGGCUCCUCAGGUAGCUCCCCCAUGUUGGGGUGCUCCCAUGACCGUACCCAUGGGGGUCCCUUCUUUUAUGGGGACUUACCCUGGCUUCAGCAUGCCUGGGGCACCAGGAGCUCCCAUGAUGCCGAUGGUGAGGCCGGGUUUCCCUGCGACCGGGCGACCCCUGGGGCACCGAUGUCUCCCGGAGCAGCCCAGAGCCCCAGGAAGCCUCCACCACCGAGGAACGCUCUGGAUGACCUCAACAUUAAGGACUUCAUGUAGACUGACUGACCUGUAAACCCCCAAGGUCUGCAUUGUGUCUGGAGCUCUGUGGAUGUGGAUGUCUGCACUUUCCCACUGCCUUCCCCUCAGUCAUGCCCUUCAGCCAACCAGCCAUUUCAUCAACCAUCUCUGCCCUCCUUCGCCCUGAAGAAACCUGCCCUCCUUAUCUAAUGUUGUAGCACAACUGUGAAUGUGAACCCUAGAUACAGAAAACAUAAACCCGUUUGUGUGUGUGGGUGUGCGUGUAUAUCAGUGUUAACCUUUACUUAAUAUACUAUGGAAAAACGAACAAAAAAAAUUAAUUAAUGUGUAUUUAGAUUCAUCCUGGAUUUCUGCGUAUCAGCUGAUUGGAAUGGUGGAUAUAUGUUGGUUUCUUUGCGCAUCUCCCAGAUGAGGACCGUGUUGUUAAAUGUGGACUGUGUUCGGUGUGUGUAACUUCACUGGCCAACCUCCCACUCCCACUCCUCUGCCCCUGUUGUUCAAACUAAUACUGAGCUAUGUUAAUGUCAUUAAAACUUGGUUGUACCUAUAUCUGCUUGGCCAUCCAUCCUCCCAGCUGUCUACUUCAACAACUCUGAAUUGAAAACGUACCUGAGAACAACUUGAACUGCAAAUCUGGACUUAUCAUCAACCUGUCUUCUGUUUAUUCUUUUCUUCUUCUUUUUUUAGGGAUUGUAUGAAACAUGCAAAUUUUUCUGAACUUUGUUCAAAUUGACAUAUGCAUUUAGACUAUUUUAAAUUAUAGAUUUUACAUAUUUUCUUUAACUUUAUUUUGAGAAAAAAAAAUGUAUCAUAUAUUUUUAGUUACUUCUAAUAAUAUGGUUGAAAAAAGGCAAGUAGACGCAAAACCCCGCCUUCUUUGUACAUACCUCUCAAUCUGUAAUCAGGCAUAGUUGGAUGAAACUGCCCUGAGUGUUUACUAUUACGCCAUCUGCUGGUGUGGAGUGAUACUGCAUCGUAGCAUGCAAACAAGUCAAUCUGGGAUGCAUUUUAAUACUCUCAGAGAGCUCCUCUCCUUGUCUCUAUGUCCCCACUAUGACAUACUAUCCUGGUGGAAUUUUAAACUGACAAGGAAGCGUUUGUGUUUGUAAUUGGCCUCAGUCUUCUUUGGGUCGUUUAAGCAGUUGGUACAUUUGGUCAUUGGUAGUCUUGAGGACUCUCUUUGUAAAGCACUCAAGUAUAAGCUGGAUGUUUUGUGUGAUGUUUAUUUCCAAAAGUGACUGUAUCUUAAUCCAUUGUGGCAUCAACAAAGUGUUGAAAGAAAAAUAAAGACGACUAUGACACA